AUGUGGAAGCGACUGCAACAGCUUGUAAACAAUGGCACACUGAAUUUUGGAGUGGCUUGGCCCGCUCAGGCUGCACUCCUUCCACAUGGACACGUUCUGGACGAACGCCUAAGUUAUCUGCAUAUUAUAAUAUUUAUUUAUCUCAUUACAGCAAAUCAUGAGCACUGUGUUCCAGCAGACUUUGUCAUCCCUCUGAAGUCACAUAAAUUGCUUCAAGUGAUACCACUCUCAAGCGCCUUAGGAGCUUUCCUUAGAAAUCCCUCAGAGGAUAAACUCAAAUCAAUUAAGAAAUCCCUAAAAUCAUGCGUCUUUCCCAUCGAAAAUGUUUGGAAGACAAAUGAUCUUCUUUGCAUAAAUGUAAAGAGAAAGAAAAUAGUGGCAGAUCUUAUGAGAGAAAUUACAAUUGCAGGCCUGAAUUAUGGAGCUUCAAAACUUUUGGAAAAGGUUUCUGUGGAACUUGAGGAUAACGUCACAUUUACCAACGAACAACAGGAGAAAAUGAAGAAAAUACGUGGAUUCGAACUUAUUACGCACAUGAUAAACAUGGUAACAUUUAAUGGUGGGGAUGUAGUGCUAAAAGAGGGAGGCCUUAUGAGAGAGACUUACCCAAAUGUGGCUAAGGGUGAUUUUACUUGGUUUAAUAAAGAUACAGAAUUACAAAAGCAGCCUUGCAAAGAAAAGGAUGAUUCAUAUGAAUUGGUCUUAAUGAAAGAUGAGAAACUUUGGACAGAGACUGUGGAGUACUUGCUUGAUGCACAACCCUCACCACAUAAGGAACAGUCUUCAGUGGCAUCUGGUGAAAAAGUGGAAAAAUUGGAAUUGCCUGCUCUAGUGGAUGAUCAUUUGGAUAUAGAGCUUAACGAUGCUAAAAAAUGUUGUGAAAUGCGUAGUUUGGAUGACAUAUUUGAAGAUGAGCCAGUUCCACAACUUGUAAGACUGUCAAGUGCUGGAGGGGUACUGAAUGAAGAGCUAAAUUCUUGUUCAGAAAUAAAUGCAAAAUUGGGGGAUUGUCUUAGUUUUGUUGCAAAUGAAAUGGGGUUAUCUGCAAAUGAUGAGCAAAAACCAACGAAGUUUGCAGGUAAUGAAUGUGAAUUUGAAGAAGGAUACUCAGGGACAAAAAAGAAGACAUAUAAACAUUAUUACCUUUUGAAACAUAACAUGGAGGAUGAGAGAAGAAAUAUUCAAAAUUAUGGAGAUCAGUGUUACAGUGAUAUUAGUUCAAAGAAAAUAAACUUGGUGGAUAAGGGGAAAAUAGAAACAAAAGAGUCCAAUACAGAGAAUACAAAUAAUGCAAAUUGCAAGAAAUUGGAUAAGAACACUGUUAAAGACAAAGAGAGACAGGAAAAAGAAUUAUGUCCUGAAAAAGAUCAUUUAUCACAACAGUGUUCAAAGAAUGACAACAACACCAUUCAUUUGGUAUUUAUGGAAGAUUCAGCAGGUAGAGAAAACAUUCCAGGAAGCUAUCAGUAUAAGCCCAUAGUUCAUAUGAAGACUGGAAAGCCCUGGAAUGGUUCUGCAGAAGAUUAUUGCAAGAUUUUAGUUGAAGAGCUGAGGCGGGCAGCUGAGCUGAAACAUGGCGAUGUGAGCAGUCCCAAAUGGAGCAAGUUCUUGGAAGAGCAGGCUUGGAGAUGCAUGACCCUUCAAAUUCUUUCUGUGUCUCACUCGAGUUGUGUGAAGGUUGAACUAGAUGGUUGUACACAAAAUACUAAAGAAUGGGCCUUUGUGUUAUACAACUAUGCAAGGCUCAGCAUGAUAUUUGAAUCAUUUGAAGAAUAUGUUAGAAAAGGAUGUGUAUCCCCACUACCUUCUCCAGAUGAUCUGGACUUCUCCCUUCUAAGACAUGAUGAGGAAUGGAGUUUAGUUUGGGUGUAUAUUCUUCGAUGGCCAGAGAUUGUUGAAGAAAUGGCUUUAGCUAUCUUAAAUGGAUCUGGUAAAGUUAAAACUGCUGCUGUUGCUCGCUUUUUGCACUCCUUAUCUCAUCGAUUUAGUGCAUAUUACAGCCGGUAUCAUGUACUUGUGUCUGAGCCAUUACCACACUUGAUGCCACUUAUGUAUGCAAGACUUCAUCUCCUCAGAGCUAUUCAUAUUGUAAUGAAAAUUUGUUUUAAUGUAUUGGGAAUUGAUUCCCCACCUACCUUCAUGUGAAAAUGCACUAAUAUACAUACAGUAACUGAAACUUGAAUGUGUAGGAAGAGGGAGGGUAAUCACUUUGGCAAAGUCUUUAAAUAGAAAUUUAUUUUUUUAUAUCUUUAUUAUUCUUCUCAGUUUUUUGUUUUGGCCAGAUUGCAAUAUUUUCUGUGUAAUCCACUUUAUUGAAGUUAUAGCUGGCGUGCAAGCGUGCAUGAGCGUGUUAGAUAGGAGUGAAUGGAGACGAAUGAUACUUGGGACCUGACGAUCUGUUGGAGUGUGAGCAGGGUAAUAUUUAGCGAAGGGAUUCAGGGAAACCGGUUAUUUUCAUAUAGUCGGACUUGAGUCCUGGAAAUGGGAAGUACAAUGCCUGCACUUUAAAGGAGGGGUUUGGGAUAUUGGCAGUUUGGAGGGAUAUGUUGUGUAUCUUUAUACAUAUAUGCUUCUAAACUGUUGUAUUUCUGAGCACCUCUGCAAAAGCAGUGAUAAUGUGUGAGUGUGGUGAAAGUGUUGAAUGAUGAUGAAAGUAUUUUCUUUUCGGGGAUUUUCUUUCUUUUUUGGGUCACCCUGCCUCGGUGGGAGACGGCCGACUUGUUGAAAAAAAAAAAAAUAGCUGGAGAUUAUUUUUUAACAGUGAUUGGAG